AAAGUUGAAGUAAAGAAUUAGGUUUGUGUAGGGACAGGUGAUCUCCCCGAGCACCAGUUGCAUACCAGUUGGCCACGGACCAUAAAAAGCUAUUCCUUUCCCCGUGUUUACUAAAACAAGGAAUUUGAUUGGCCAACCUUGGCAUUGUUUUGUAACCUCUAUACUCCUUGCGGUACACUUAAAUUGACCCAAAUGCUUCAUAUGCUCAAUUCGCGGUUCCCCGAACGCAUUUUAACGAGUGGGCAGGCAAGGGCACAACACACUUGCUGAGGAAACUAGCUGGUUGACAGACUCAAGAGUGCAGUUGUUCCCAAUUGGCUCGUUUUAUUAAGAAUACCGUGGAAUUUCUUCAACGAAAACUGUCCCGGAUUGCUGUGCUGAUUGAUAAUUUAGUUUGGGCAAAUCUCAGCAUGCCAAGAUCGUUUUUACUUCGACGAAACUGGGAAGGUAGCGGAAAUGUCGUCAAGAUGCAAAGACACAAGAAAGGAAUUUUCCCUGCAGAAGAAACAAAAAAAGUUGCAUUCAAAAGUCAUUAUGAAGGAAAGACCCUUUUCUGGUCAGACAUGGAGAAAAAAAUGGAUGAAAAGGGUCCUUAUAAGUAUCAAAGCUACAUUGAUGGUGACAUGAUCACAACAAACAAAGAUGCGCUGAAAUCAGAGCUUUUUAUUUCCACAUCAGACAAAGUUGAAGAGCUCUCAUCAGCCAAAUCUAAACUAAACACUGAGAUACGUGGACCAAGGGAAGCGGACUCGAAAGCGGAAAUUUCAGCAACUGAACCUGGAAUGAAACCAAUUUACCGAUGCGAGCAAUGUGGAAAAACAUUUAAAACAAAAUACACUUUGACAAUUCAUCUCAAAAUGCCCAGUCAUACAGGAGCACGUCCGUUUGUUUGUAAUAUCUGCGGUAAAGGAUUUCGACUCUCGAGUACACUUUGUCGACAUAAAAUCAUCCACACAAGCGAUAAGCCUCAUAAAUGCCAUAUUUGUCAAAAAGCGUUCAAUCGUAGCUCGACCUUGAAGACACAUAUUCGUACCCAUAGCGAAAAGAAGGAAUUCGUUUGUGAUGUCUGUGGAAAGGGAUUUCAUCAAAAAGGUAAUCUUCGAAACCACUUCUUGAUACAUACUGGAGAAAAACCCUACAACUGUCGUUUGUGUAACAAAGCUUUCAACAAGUUGUCCAACUUGAAAUUCCAUCUUCAUGUUCACACAGACAACACGCCGUAUCGUUGUCGUUAUUGUAAGACAGCGUUUUCGAGAAGAUGUGAUCUUAAACAACAUAUACAAACGGAACAUGAUGGACAAAGUAAUGAAUACUUCGAUUCAGAUGAGCCUGUGUGAAUACUUUGAUUCAAUUGGCCGCAAAGGACUGUCAAUUCUAACUCUCAUGCACUGUGCGGUUAAAUAUAAACACUAAACAGUCAGCUACUAAAUUUGUAGUUUAUAUAAGAUUUAAUAUAGCAUUCAUUUAUCACACUUUAAUUAUGCACUUUAAAACAUUGCACUGUUGUAAAUGAGAUAAACAGAAUUUCAAACUAGAGAAUGUGAAACCAUAUGUGUUACCUACACCACAGCGCAAGCUUUAGAGAUCUUAUACUCUUUUCAAACAUUAUAUUAUCUAUUUGGCAGUAUACAGUAUACAUUCACAUUAAAAUUUAGUUUUGUUUUAUAAAAUUAUUGCAUGCAUGUUUGUGAAUAA